AUAAUGGAAGAACAGUGGUAAUAACCAGUUGAUCUCAGCCGUGUUUAUUCUUCGGUAGCCUAGAAUCAGUAGAAUGGAAGAAAACUGGAAAAGGCAAUCUGACCCCUGACCUUGACAUUGUGUGUAGUGAGCGUAGUCCAGCUUGUAGUAGUAAGCCCAGGCCUAGAUCUAGCAGCCAGCAAAUUAUGGACCAAGACCAAGCAGCUUAGUAAGACCAAGACCUCUAGAAUCUAAAUCUAUAGUUUCGAAAUUGUGCUGCAGGUUGUACGUAUGUACAUGAUUUCCACAGGACACCGUGUGUUCGCGUGAUUACUGUUGAAAACGUUGCUUUUACCGGUACUCUUUGUCUUGUCAUUGACAACACACACUAGCUAAGUCUAGAUUCUAGUCUUGUUUCCAUAGAGAGAAGUGUGGAAGACAACUAGAAUCUAGAUCUCUAGAUCUAGAUCUAGAUCUAGGCGUCUUCGGCUACGUCGUUUUCACGAAGGCCUACUCCUCAAUUCUGUGUGUAACUUCACUAGGCCUACUACAACAACUCCAAGAACUGCACAAACAGUAAAAAAUGAGUCCCCCAGCAAAGAAAGCAAAGAAGACAUUCCCAGGUUCCAGUGACAAAGCACACCCGGAUGUGUUCAACAUUAAUGCCAUGCCUGAACAGCCAAAGGAGCUCAAACCAGGUCAAUUUUCAGAGGAAAAAGUCAGACAGUAUUUCGAGAAGGGCUACCUCAUCGUUCCUGAGUUCUUCAAGAAAGAGGAACUGGACGCGUGCCGUAAAGAUAUCGAGAAACUGGUGGAGGACCUGGCCCAGUGGCUCUACAAGGCGGGGAAGAUCAAAGGUUUGUAUGAGGAGCAUGGGUUCUUACAAAGGUUAGCAUAUUUGGAAAAGGACUUCCCUGGUUCCAAUAUCCUCCUUUUUAAAACCCAAGGACACAUGAGAAAGAGCUUCCAGGCCUUGUGGUCCAACGAGCGCUUGUUGAAUGUGGUGGAGCAGCUGAUUGGUCCAGAGAUCAUGGGUCAUCCAGUGUGGAACCUCCGGACCAAGACACCGCAAAACGAGGCGACCACUGUGCCUUGGCAUCAGGACAGCGCCUACCUGGACAAUGAAUCGUACAGUGUCCUUCAGCCUGCUGCCUGGAUCCCUCUGUUGGACGCUAAUGAGAAUAACGGCUGCAUGGAGGUAGUGUCUGGCGGUCACCUGACGGGCAAGAUAGCCAGACACACCUGCUGCUGGGGCAACACCUGGUACGUAGAGCUCAGUGAGAAGGACAUCGAGGACUCUCUGGAGGUGACUGUGGCCAAGGACAAGGUGCUGUGUGAAGUGCCCUAUGGAGGAAUGUUGCUCAUCAACAACCUCAUACCUCACAGAAGUUUGAACAACCUGUCUAAUGACAUCCGCUGGAGUCUGGACCUGAGGUGGCAGCGACCAGACAAACCAGUGGGCUUCUACGGCCUCAAACAGGGCAUCAUGAUGAGAUCCAAGAAAAACCCUAUCAAGGAAAUUGACUGGAAUAGUUUCAAUAGUGUUGAUCGGCAUACAAAAGCUGAUGAAGAGCUGAAGGGCAAGGAGGAUGAAGAUGAGUUUGACACAACGAUUGUUGGACCGUGGAUGAAGAAAUGGGAGAUGACGCACACCAACAGACACACUGCAAGACUUACAGACGAAACUUUGGCCAGCUGGCACAAAGCAUAAAAGCAUUUAAUCUUUUUUUACACCUUUCUGUGCCUUCAUUUUUUCUUUUUCUGGCAUUUUCAUGAAUUUCGGAGUCUUUAUUUUUUUCGGAGGGAGAUGAUUCAUUGUGUUGCAAUAAUUGAAUUUAAACAAUGGUGUUCAGAUGUCAUACAAAAUUUCAGAAUUGUAUGAAAGAGCUAAACCUUUUUAUAAUGAACUUUUUAUGAUGAUAAUGUCUUGAACGUUUUGAAAGAUGUAUGAUUAGUUAUUUACAUUAAAAAUGAUUAUAUAUUUAUGAAGGUGCUGGUGCUUAUUUCCUGCUUUGUAUUCUACAUAUUUUGAUUAAAUAGCUUGUUUUGUCUAGUUGUGUACUGUAAAAUAGAAUGUUGAUUAAUGGUUUUUUGUUAUUUAGGUACUGAUGUGAUGAUUGGGAAGGGGCAUGUCCAUGUUGCUGUCAUUAUCAAUUAUGUUCCACUGGUGCAUUUAUGCACUUCUGUGAUAUCAAUUUUUAGUUUAUAC